ACCUCAUCCCAUCGGCACUGUAACUCCUCCCUUCCUCUUCCUCGUAUCACCACCACCAUCAUUUGACGCAAGCAGAGAGGUGCGAGAGAACAGACGCGAUGACGGAAAGGUCCGCAAGCCAACAACACCGCUCGUUUGCUCGGAGAUGCUGCUCGCCCCUCGAGACGCCGCUUUGGAAGCUCGUCACCUGGUUCAACUGCACCUUUGGCCUCUACAUGCUCGAAUUUUGGGAAAAGGCCCUCUUUUGGAUGAUCAUGAUUUUCAUCUCUUCGCUGCUGUGGUACAGCCUCAUCUUCCACCUACCCUCCAAUCUUCGCUUCAUUAUCUCUCGGACGACCUACUAUCUUUUCGGCUCGAUAGAUGCUUCAUCUUCAAGCUCUUCGACCUCCUCUUCCCUUGCAGGCGCAAUGUCGACACCGGCCAUUCAAGUCGGCGGUGCCGCCUUCGCCGGUAAAGACUGGGCGGGCGUCAGCAGCGGACUGGGUGCAGCCGUCAAGGCCAUCGGGAGCGACAAGAUCGAGCUGUAGACACUCCAUUCCCUCCACCUAUAUCCGAUCAUUUGUACAAGUAUCUGACAGUCUCAACAUAAUCAAUGUGGUG